AUGGAGGAACAUGAAGAUGACCAAUAUUGUUAUCAAGACAGAAACUCUUCUUGUAGAAAGGAUUCACUUUUGCCAUCUAUUAAAAUAUCACUGUACAUCUUCUUCUCGUUGAUUUCAGCCGUUACAGUAUUUUUGAACCUACUAGUGAUAAUCUCAAUUUCUCACUUCAAGCAGCUCCACACUCCAACCAACCUGCUCAUCCUCUCUCUGGCUGUGUCAGAUCUCCUGGUGGGACUCAUUGUGAUACCAGCAAUGACUGUAGCAAUAAUGGAACAAUGCUGGGUUCUUGGGGAAUAUUUCUGUGCGUUGCACAUGUUCAUCACAUUGUUAAGUUCCUCAUCCUCUAUAAGUAAUUUGGUCUUGAUAUCGAUUGAUCGCUAUGUUGCUGUUUGUGAUCCCUUAAUAUACCACUUGAAAAUUACAACAAGAAGAACAUUUUGUUCUAUUUCCAUUGCCUGGUGUUGUUGCAUCUUAUAUGAUGCUUUUAUUGUAAACAUCUAUGUAAAUGUAAAGGUUCCCAGUAAGUGUUUUAAAGAAUGUUAUUUAAUUGAAGGACAUUUUGUGGUUAAUGUUAUUGAUCUGGUUCUAUCACUUUUUGUCCCAUGUUCUAUUAUUAUAAUACUUUAUUUGAAGAUCUUUGCAAGUAAGUCUGAGAGAAAAGCAGCAAAAACUCUUGGUAUUGUUAUUUUCAACUAU